AUUUGCCUCUCUAUGAAUUAGCGCUCUAUUCCAUUCGACUCUGUUCUGUUCUGUUCUGUUGUGAGGAUUAGGGUUUUGAAUUUUUCCACUCAAACUCUAGGGUUUCUCCAAGGUGUGCAAUGGGGAGGUACCGUAGCCGGAGCAGAAGCUACAGCCCUCGCCGACGCAGCAGAACCCCUCCACCGCGCGGACGCAAGCGCUACGACGAUGAUCGCACCCGCUCAUACAGAGACCGCCGUUCACCUCUUCCUUCUGGACUCCUUGUUCGCAAUCUCCCCCUCGAUGCUAGGCCUGAAGAUCUCAGGGGGCCAUUUGAGCGAUACGGUCCUGUGAAGGAUGUUUAUCUUCCUAAAAAUUACUACACUGGUGAGCCAAGGGGCUUUGGAUUUGUGAAGUAUCGUUUUGGCGAAGAUGCAGCAGAGGCUAAGCAUCAUCUUAAUCACACUAUCAUUGGUGGGCGUGAAAUAAGAAUUGUGUUUGCUGAGGAAAAUAGGAAAACACCUCAAGAGAUGCGUGUUACUUCUCGUCCAAGCAGUCGACAUGGAGGUGGUAGAAGGAGGACUGGAACAAGAUCACCCCCAAGACGCCGAUAUCAUUCCUACUCUAGGUCUCCAUCACCAGCCAGGGAUGAUUCAAGGGGUAGGGAUGAUUAUUAUUCUCCUGAGCGAUCAAGAUCUUAUUCUAGGUCUCGCUCUCCUAGUGGCGGAAAGGACUACAGAAGGUCCCCUCAUCCCAGGGAGAAUGGUCGGAGUCCUAAUGACAAGAGGGAUCAGGCACCUAGCAGAUCUCUGAGUCCCAGACGUGAUGAUCCUCCUAAUGAAAAGAGGGAUCGGGCACCUAACAGAUCUGUGAGUCCUAGACGCGAUGAUCGCAGUCCUUCAAGGUCCCGUUCGCGGUCAUACAGUCCACGCUGAUCUGCCAUCAAACUUGUGAUUUCGUGGUGGUCACCGGUCAAUUUGGGCUUUUCUGUGGUCACAUGCUGCAGAAUGCAGAUAAACUUUUACAUUUUGAAACGCGCUGAUGUCGCGAAGUAAAAUCUAUGAUGUUAAUAUUAGUAUUUAGGAGACAAUUUCAUUAGAAGGUUGCUUCACUUGGUGUUUUGUCAUUUUUGUGCUACGUAAGGCCAGUUUCAUCAGUUUUCUGAAAACUAAACUGUUCAUGAGUUGUUUCUUCGUUUACUUCAAAAUAUAUUUUGACUUAUCUAUAGAAACUUCGAAGUUUGGAUAA